CAAGGAUGUUACCUGUCAAGAGGAUUCUGUUUUGUCCUGUAAGAUAGUUUUUAAAACUAUUAUAAUAAUUGCCUUACCAUAACGGUACACAUCUCAAAUAUAUUAUAAGACACUAAAUUUGUACAAGACUGAAAAUCAGGUUUUGAUUGUUUAGCUUUUAAUAUUGUUUCUUUUCCCAUAUAUUUAAAUUGACUUUAUAUUUCAGUUAGUUUUAGUGCACAAGAAAACUUGAGUCUGAAUUAUUCACUAGAGGAAAAUGUUAUGGAGGACAGGUGAGGUUAUUGUUCACUUUGAACAAUUAAGUUCAUUAUCAUUGUGAAUGGGGUAUUUAGUUAUUUGGGAAAAUCUAAUUUAAAAAAAUAUUGAUAAUUGAAGGGUUAUACUAUACAGUUAUUUCCAAAGCGUAUUUCAUGAAGUUAGAGCAGAUAUUUGAAAUACAAAGUAUUUAUAUUAUUGUUGUUUUAAGAUUUCAGAAUAUUUUCAUGAAUUUAUUUUUGUUCCAACUUAUUAGUAGGCCUAUACAUUCUAAGAGAUUUUAAAUUAACUUUUGACAAUAUGCCAAAGUUAGACUUCACUUUCCAAAAAAACCAUUUUGCUUAAAAAAUCUUGAAACCAUGAAAUCUUAAAAUUAAGUUAUGAAGGAAAUCUAAUUUUAUUUAACUGUUAAUAUAGCUGUAGAAAGCAACUGUGUUACUUGCCUUCUCAAUAAUCUUCCAAACUUGAGCUGUUUGCAUCAAGAAAGCUAUGCUAAUUUUUCAUUUAGUUAUUACAACUGGAUUUGAAAUUCAUGCAAACUUGAUGUUUUAAAAAAAAAUCUCCUUAAUAUCCAGGCUGUCUGUGAGUGAAUUGUCAAGUCAAUUGGCUGAUUCUCAAUACCAAAAUCGUAGGCUUUCAGAAGAAAACGAUGAAGUCAGGGCUUUAAUUGACACUAAAGAGGAAGAGCUGGACAAGUUGUCUUGUGAAUUACAGGAUGUAAAGGCAAGAAUGAAAAGGUGAAUUUCUUUAAGUGAAAUAAAUACCAAACCUCUUCAUACUUGACAUUAGAGUAACAUUUUUCAGCAUAACUAUGUAAAGGCGAGAAGGAAGAUAAAAAUUCAUGUCCUCAUCAGUAUAAGAAAAGACAUACGAUUGUGAAGGAUAUUGAGCAUUUUGUUGUAUAGUAUAAUAAAGAAUAAAAUUCAAGGUUGAAUCAGAAUGAUUGUUAAAUCAGUAAAUCUUUAAAAAAAAAAUUAAACCAGGAAAAAAAGUACAUCCAUUUUUUAAAUGAAAACUUAUUAAAGAGAGAUAACCCAACAAAAUCAGCUCAGAUUCAGAAAAACAAAUUGUGCAGACAAGUCUUACUAGGGUGAGGUUUUAAUUUUGUGGUACCAAUUAAUCCCCAUUGUUAUUAUUCAUCUGUUCAGACUGCAAGAGCUGGCAGAUGAGCAACAUGAGACCCAGUAUGAGAAUGAAGACUUAAGACUACAGAUUGUCAGCACUUGCAAAGAUUUUGAUUUAAUUAAGCACAAGCUGUACCAGUCAGAGCAGGAGAAGAUACUCCUACAAAACCAAGUGGAGGAUGGCAGAACACUGGUGAGAUGAAAUCAUAAACAUUAUUUUAUAAGUGACAUUGUGUUGUCAGGUCAGUGCACUAAAAAAAAAGCAGGUUGUACGAGACAUCCUUAUUAAUGACUAGGCAGACUGGGAUAACCCCAAAAGGGCAACAACAGAGCUAAGCUCUAACAUGCAGGAGAUUCAGGGUACAGUGCUAGCAGAAGAGGUAUGGAUGAAGUUCAAGACAACAAUUACUGAUGCAGUGAAAAACUACAUACCACACAAGACCACCAAAUCUAAGACAAAUCAGCCAUUGGGUCAUAGCUGAAAUCUGUAGGAUCAUCCACAGGAGAGACCGAAAGCGCAGGCGGAUAUACUCAGUCAGCAGUUUCACUCGAUCUGUGAUGAUGAAAAAGUAGAAAAGGUAUCCUUCUUUUAUUAUUUUUGGUGAUGGUAGAGAGCACUCAGAGGUAGAGUUUCUUCUGAAGACCAACAUGAUGAGCAGAGCCUACCUCAUCAUGGAAGAUUUCCAGAUUUUAGGGCAGGGUGUGCUGGCCCUCCUUAAAACCAUUAACCCUUACAAGGCAUGUGGUCCUGACAACAUCAAACCACUAGUGCUCAAAGAAUUAGCCAAUGAAAUCACUUCUGCACUGACAAUCCUCUCCCAAUAGUUGCUGUGCAUAGGCAAUGUUCCAACAGACUGGAGAGCUGUGCAUGUCACUCCAAUCUACAAGAAAGGGGAGCAUUAGGACCCUGCCAACUAAUGACAGGUAUCCCUCACCAGUGUGGUAUGCAAACUGCUGGAGCACAUAAUUGUGAGCCCAGUCAUGAAGCAUUUUGAAAGCCACAAUGACUGUCAGCAUGGCUUCCUAGUCAAAAGAUCUUUUGAGAUCCUGUUCCUAGAAUUUGUAGAAGACUUGACAACUAAUCUGGAAAACAGCAAGCAAACUGACGUACCGGUGAUGGACUUCUCAAAGGCGUUUGACCAGUGUUAAUCAUAAUUUGCUAUUACACAAACUUCAGAGGUAUGGGAUCCAAGGCGCUACCAAAACAUAGAUCUCUAGCUUCCUUAGCAACCGAUACCAGGCAGUAGUGGUAGAUGGCAUAAGCUCCUCCUUUGUCAGUGUUAAGUCAGGGGUCUCCCAGGGCUUUCUUCUAGGCCCCUGUUUGUUCCUAGCAUACAUCAAUGACCGGUUUCGAGCAUGGAGACGGAAAGCCAUGGAUCGCUCCGAAUGGAUGGAUGUGGUGGAGCAGGCCAGGGCCCUACAUGGGCUGUAGUGCCAUUGAUGAUGAUGAUGAUACAUCAAUGACCUGACUGAGAAGAUGGCCUCCCAAGCAAGACUGUUUGCAGUUGACACGACGGUGUACAGGACGAUCACCAACAGUAAUGAUUAGGACCAGCUACAACAGGACCUCCAUCAGUUAGCUGAGUGGGAGAUGAGAUGUGACAUGGAAUUUCAUCCUGCCAAGUGCCAGACACUGUCAGUCUCUAGAAGUGGUACUCCUCUACAUCACACUUACGAACUACAUGGCCAUUUGCAUGAGCCAGUUUCCUCAGUAAGGUACCUCUGUGUUACCAUUCAAAGAGAGCUCAGCAGGGAUGAGCUCAUAAACAAUGUGUGCAACUGGCAAACAAGACCCUAGGGCUGCUAAGGCGAAAUCUAAGGAUCUGAAGCUCCAGCAUAAAUGAAAAAGCGUAUAAAGCCUUUGUCAGGCCACGUUUAGAUAAUGCAUCAAGAGUCUGGUACCCAUUCACCAAGAAUGGCAUUGACAUUUUGGAGGAGGUCCAGGCUUGAGCAUCAUACUUUGUCCUGAAAUGCUACAGGAAUACCUCAUACCUCAAGUGUUGGUAGCAGGCUGGAAAUGCUGGGCUGGUCACCAUUGGAAGUAUAGUGACGAAUAUCCAGGCUCUCCUUUAUGUUCAAGAUAAAAAAUUGAGUGGUCCACUGCUCCAGCAUUAAACAGAAACGUGUCCCUCUCCAAAUUAGACAACAACGAGGCCCUGACAGGCAGAAGAUAACAGCAAGAACACAGUACAGGAACUGCUCAUUCCUGCAAAAGACAAUGAGGGACUGGAACAAGCUUCCAAGGGGAGCAGUUGAGCAACAGCAUUUAACACAUUUGAAUCUAUUGCCUCCUUCCUUCCAAACCCUAGUUCCUGAUACCUUCCCUGAGUAGGCCAUGCAACCAGUGAAGUAUCAUCUUCAAAACCAAGCACAGAAACAUUGCCAACGCCCUCUACAUAAAUAGGAGCCAGCAUGAUCAAUACAUUGAUUUGGCUUCAAAAUAUGGAAGAAGAAGAAGAUAAGAGACAGAAUAUUUUAAAGUACAUUAUAUUAUAAAUGACAUUGUUAAAUAACAUUACAUGGUUUUUGUAAAUUUAAUAUGCUUAAAGAUUUGUCUUGUUAGAUGAACAAUAUGUAACAAAGGACUGAAAACCAGUAUACAAAGAAAAACGAUACCAAAGCUAUUGAUAUUAACAAUAUUCAAUUUCUUUAGACUAUAAAAUUUAUAUAAAGAAUACAAAAUAAAAGAGUUAGAAAUAAAAACUUUAUUAACUCACAGCACAUCAAGUGAAAAAGAGCAAUCCCCAAAAGAUAUAAGUUUACCCAGACACACAAAGAGUACAAUCUUGUAAGAAUCCUUUAUUAAGUCUCCUUAACAUCUAGGAAAAUUAGCAAAAAUCUCUCUCUGCUGGAACAACUGCCACCUUAUUUAUAUGGAGAAAGUUGGAACCCUUCAAUCAAGGGAGACGUGAGUAAAGAGGGUUGAAGAUACACAUUUAAUCAGUGAAGUCAAUAUCAACAACAAAAAUGUGAAGGGGGGGUAAGGUUGAAUGCCACAGCUUGUGUUGAAUAAAAACUAGGUCAACAUACAGGCUAUAACAACACUAUAUUAUAAGUGACACCAUAUUAUAAGUGACAUAUUAUAGUGAAAUUAUAUUAUAAGAGGAAUUAUAUUAUGUGACAUUAAAUGGCAUCAUAUUAUAAGUGAUAUUAUCAUAUAAAUGGCAUCAUAUUAUAAGUGGCAAAAGACUUGAUAUAAUUUUUGUUUUGUUAACAGUUCCAGCUGGUGUUGACUGUUUCAUCACCAAUCCAGCACACCCCUCUUAACGUUUUGAACUAAUAUUCUGUUCUUAAAAUUUCAAUUCCAUUAAUAAAAUCACUUACCUAUAAAUUUCUUUCCCUAAAUACCUUUAUAAAGGGAUCGUUUAUUUCAGUGGAGUACUGUUUACACUGGUGGACUGCAGGAGCAGAAUGAUUUAUAAGUAACUGCCUCCACGCUUUUAAACAAUUUAUUUGCAAUCAAUUUUCAUUUUAAUUAAUGUAUCAAGGACUUCAUUUGAAUUGUUAUUCCAGACACAUAAAUUAGUUUGUCUAUAAUUAUCUGUCGUGUUUAGCAUAGAAGAGAACCCAAUAUUAAUAGGAUUUGAAGUUGGUUUGGUCUGUUUUGAUAUUUUGUGGUUUGUAAGGAUCAUAAAGUAUUUGACUGAAUUGUAAGGUUGGUCUAUUAUAACAACCUGUUCAGUAUUGUGUGAUAUGGAAGGACCAUUUAUGGAUUAAAUAAAACGUACUUCUGGAGUUUUCUGAAAUAGUCUCAAGCUCUUGAUAAAAGUUGGCUGUUUGAAGUUUAGAGUUAAUUGAAUUCUGUAUCCACCACCUUGGUGUUCAACAUUAUGUCAAACCUAAGGCAAAAGUAAUAUUUAUUAAUUUUUUGCAUGACUCUUGAAAUUAACUGGAGGCACCACAUAUAAAAAAGGGAAAUAUAUUAAUUUUACAUGAAAAUGAAUAGUUUCCCUAGAGUCCAUGAAAUGGCAAAGACAAUAAUAGGAGACACAGGAAAAUAUUAUUAGUUUCCCUAGACUGUUAUCCCCCCCCCCCAAUCCCCCCAUUCCGUUUUAUCCCUAUUCCACACAAGUUUGAACACAACCUAUGUCCGCCCUUGUUCUUACGGUAACACCUGUUACCAUGUUGGUCAAAUGGGCGUAAAGUAACAGUGAAACUGUGUAAUCGUCCUUGUAUUGCUGUAACAGCAGACAGUCAUGACACUGAAGGCGACAAGUGGCUUCAUAACGAGAGUUAACUGAAUUAACGGAUCAGAAUAUAAAAAAAAGAUCAAAAGCAGGGACCUGAUUGGUGGGUGACAUGACCAUGGCUAUUGUGGAAGUAUGGGAAUCCGUUAAAUAAUUGUGUCAACAAACUGGUGCGAUCAGUAGUGUGACUAGGUUUGGUGCAGCUCGAGGCGGGCCAAGCUUUUGCCCGCACACCACCACUGGACCCCCUUCAUAUUCAACUGGUUGGGAUGGAACUUAAUUAUUGUCUCCAUCCAAUAAUUUCAAGUUCCAACUUAGUUCCAAGUUCCCCACUCCACGACUUGUCACUUGUAUUGUGUGCUAAUGUGCCAUAUCGGCUCAGUCAGCUAACUACCAGAAAACCCAGUUACUUAAGUUGGCCUUGAUCCCAUAUGAUGGCCCAGGAUUGGGCUUGCUCGACUCUUGCUGGUCUCACACUACUUUAUUCUUAAUGUAACUUAAGUGAAAUCUUUUGAGAGUACCGUAGUUAUUGUUUGCUUUAGGUUGAAAUCCAAGGCGUUGUUUUAAACGGCGUGUGUUGGAGCUCGUUUAACUGUGCUGAUCGUGUGAGCGCCUGAGUUCUUUAGCUCUAACAUAGAUCGACAUGUCACUGCAGACACAUUUCUUAAGAUCGCUUUGUUAAUUUAACUUUCAUGACCUCAGAAAGGGCGCACGCAAACAUCGCCAAUGGAGUAGAAUGUAAAUUCCAUUCCACACACUGUGAGAUCAGGGAGGUUGACCUCGCCCCUAAAAAGAUUGGAGGCGGGAAGGGGGGGGGGAUCCCUAAGAUACCAAUUAAGGCUAAUACUUUUUUACCAAUAAACAAAUUUACUUUAUGGGACAUAAAUAAAAUACACCAUCCAAUCUUUAGUUAGAUUUGAUUAAAAUAAUUGAUUUAAAAUUAACAAUAAAAUUACGUAACAUGCAUAUCGUUACUAAAUUAUGUGUAUCAAAUAGUUUCCCCCUCCUUCAAAUUCCAAACAAGGAUCUACCCAUGUCAAUGUUUCCACACUACUAAGCUACUUUUACCCGAUCCAAAAAAACAAAAAACAAAACAACAAACGAUGCUUCCAAAAUAUGAUCAUGUAAAAAUACCAACAAUGUCUUAGGACCGUCCCUUGAUCGUGGCAUUGAUUAACCGGUAACAUCGCGUCAAUUUAAUGGAUUCUCCGUAUUUAAUACAUUUUGAGAACUGUUGCCAGUGCACCCUAAGCAUAAAGCAAUCACGCAGAGAGGCUUUCGCGUAUUAUACUUAUUGACACCCCACUCCCCUUGUUGAUUAGGUGCUGGAGGCCCAAUCAUUCUGUUUCCUAUAGCCAAGAUAUUAUAGACGAUUGGCCACAGCUAAUCUGUGUAUUGUUGGUGUUUGGUUUCCUGGUAUGGUGCUUAAAUUAUUGGUCCUGCGAAUAAAUGUCACGGCUGCUAACUUACAGGCUAUUAAUGAGCAGUCAUUGUUAAGUGUGAUUUGAUAUUAUAGUAAGGGUGUAAAUGUAACGUCUGAUAUUAGAUGCCUGAAGUAGACAUAUUUUUAAUUUAAAGUGUUUAUUUAUGAAGGACACUGGGCAUUAUAGCCAUUUAAAAUGUAACCAUUUAAAAUAUGGCCAUUCAUUGAAAAUGCCUUUAAAAAAAAAAAAAUGGAUUUUAGAUUUACCUCGAAGACGUUGUCUUAAACUGUACUGAGCUGAACACGUUUGGCAAGAAAUUCUGAAAAAAGCUUCGUAACAAUAGAUCAAUUAUGUUCUUAGGUGUUUUUCACAAAUAAAUGGAGAUUAAAUCAUUUAAUUAUUUGACCCUUGAAAAACUAACAACAUAUCUGUAAAGAGAUGGCAAUACACUGAACUUUUGUGUGUAAAUGGUUUAAGAGACUUGACAACGCUGUUAUUAAGACAUCAAGAGAAUUGCUUUAUGGCAUUACAAAACGUUGAUAUCAUACAGGUUACAAGACAGAGCUCAGAACUGGAGGAGUCACGCAGACAUCAAGAUGAGUUAAAGGCCAGUUUGGCUAAAACUAAAGUGAGUUCUGUGGAUGCCUGUAGACUCUAUUGCUAUAAUUACAACUAGUCAGGUAUCUAUUAAAGUAGAUGCAAUGUAAUGCUGGCCAAGCACACUCAAUUUUGUCUAUCGUUCUUUUAUUGGUUUUCUUUGGUUAUUUAUUUGAUUAAAUCCAUGAUCAACCAUUUGUUCAUGUUAACUACGUACUGUAACAAUUGAACCACACUGCUAUAGGUUUAAAAGAUGAAGAAGCUAGCCACACAAAACAAGCAGUGGAGUAGCCAGCUAGCUGCAUAAUGACGUGUUAUUUAAUGUAUGAAACUUUGCUGUAACACCUGUUACAUUUAUGUUACAUACAGGACAAAAAUCUACACCUAAAAGAGACAAUUGAAAACCUGGAUAUUCUACUCUCAGAGGUUAGUUAAGUUUGGUUACUAUUAUAUACAACUUUUGAUAUAACCGAUAGGCUAUUUAAAAAUUAUUCCUCUCCCAAAAUCUCUGUCAACGCAAUCUAUAUGGAACAUUUUAUUAGCACCAUCAACUGUAUGAGAAAUUCUCCUUCAAACCAUCUCUAUCACGCUAUCACGGAUAUUAGCUAUUAAUUUAACUUACUAGCAAAACAUGCUUUAUCUAAUUACUCUAUUAACCAUUUUUUUUACCAAACCUUCUUUCUAUCAAAUCUUUUCUAUAUCAAAUCACGUUUCUAUCAAAUCUACUUUUCACCAAACUCCUCUCUAUCAUACAUUCUUUACAACCUCAGUAAAAAUUGUAUUCAUCAAUUUUAUUAUAUAAAAUGCAGUUUUUCAUUUAGGCCUACUUCAGUUUGAGAAAACAGUCUAAUGUAGCUUUAAUGGCCUUACACAUAUUAAAGUAGUUAUUGAUUGGCCCAACUUAAGCCUACAGGCAAAGAAUUCUGUAUAUUUUCAAUGUUCCCUUUUGACUUCUUUUUUUUUUACCUGUGACAAAAUCUGUGCUUCAUUUACCGUGUAACAAGCCAUAGCUUGAUUAAUGGAAUGUGUGCCAUGUGGUAGCUCCAAGCUGAUGGUAAUUUGUUAUGUCAUGUACAGUUUUAAAAUUGUUAGUAAUUCUCCCUUCCAGCGGGGACUGUGUUACAUCAAUGAAUAAUAUCUGCUAUGAGUACUAUCAAGGCAGGGCGGAUUCAUGAAAACUUUGUAAACCUUUAAAUUUUAUUCACUGGAGCAGGUAGUUGAUAUGGCUGGAGGGGAGGGAACUAAUGAGAUAAGCAGUGUAGGUUAAUCAUAGAUAGUUUCACGUUGUCAAAGUAGAAUAUAUUUAUUUAAAAGCACUUCAAGUCCUCAAUACACUAAUGUUAAAGUGAUCAUCAAUUAACUUUAACUGAUCAUGCACGGCAUGGCUGAAAUAACUAAGGUUAAUGUCACAUGUUUGAAUUCCAUGUUUCUAUCCAGUCAUUUUGAACCCAUCUUUGAAGCAAACAAAUCUUCAACGUAUUCAUUAAAAAAAUAUGUUUCAAUAUUCCUGUUGAAUAUUUCAGAAAGCUGAAAGUUUACAGACACUACAAAGUAAUCUUGGAGAUAUUACUCAACACAAUAAGGUACCGAUGUCUUUUAAAUAUUACAUCUUUUGAAUAUUUUAUACUGAUAUUUGCGGUUCUGUAGUGCUAUGAUUUUUUUAAAAUUUUGGGUUGCAUAACAGUUGGCCCUAAAGGAAAAAACUGUUGAAAUUGGAGAAUAAAUUCUUAAUUUCUCAUGGAAUCAAAAAUAAAAGAACACUAACAAAUCCCCUCCUGGCUCCCAAAAAACACCCCACUACCCUUUUUUCUUGAAAAUUAUUUUUUUGAGUAGGAUUAAGAAAUUUGACAAAGGGAAGGGUUCAUUUCAAAGCUAUCUCCAAAUCUUUGUGACAUAGGCUGUGUGAUUAGAGAGAAGAGUAAAAUCAUCUGCUAGAAAAAUCAUGGAAUUCUAAUCAUCUUUAUAAUACAGCUUUAUAGUGUAUAGAUGUGGGAUAAAUUUGAUACAUAGAUAUAAUUAAACAUUCAAACAAUUUUCUCUGGUAAAGGAAUUGAGGAGUCAAUACCAAGAACUACAAGGUGAAUUAAUACAAACUCAGGCAGAACUUUCAAGGUCAGUGAAUUGAUCUCACCAAAUAAAAUGUCUUUGUAUGCAGUGGUAUAUUUUAAUCUGAGGUGUCACUAACUAAAAUGUCACAUCUUUGUGAAUCCAUUAAAAGAUGUUUUAUCAUUAUAUAAUCUGAGGUGCUCAGAUGUCACCAUCUAAAAUAUAGAUAUUUGUGAAUCUUUUGUAGGCUACUCAACUCAUUCAUUUUAUGAGGUGAAUGUGGUUGGUUGGGGGGGGGGGAAUCAGGACACAGGUCUUUUAAAACUCUUUGUGAAAUACAUGACCUAUGUAAUGAAAGAAUGAAUGAAUCUACUUAUUACUAGAACACAUUAAUGAUGGAGAUGGAAAGAUGUAUGAAAGAUUUUAUUCUUUUUUUUCCAAGCCACAAAUUUUGCCCAUUCCAUCACGUAUCCCCACCCUUAGAUUUUUAAAUUAAAAAAAAAAAUCUCCAUUCCUGUCAUGUUGAAUGUUAUGUCACCUACUCUGCACCCAACAGUUUAAAGUCAGCUCAUGAAACAAACAAUGGCAUUUUGCUCCCCUCCUUGAAAGAACUGGCUGAUGAAAUUGAAGAGGAUUCUGAGCACUCAGAGAUCAGCAGUGUCUGUGAAUGGCCAUCGUCAAUACGCAAUGAGCUCAGAGAAUUGGUAAUAAGUCAAGGAGAAGAAAAGUGAUUGACUUGACUAAUGUAUCCUAUAUAUUUUAUAUCUCUUGAUUUUAAAAUCAAUAAAUUUUAUUAUCUUAGUAUGUUCUGUAAUUAGCAAUAAGGAUAACAUGAUUUGAUUUUUAUCUUAAGAAAUUCUAAUUCAAGUUGAACAAUCCAGAAUUUAUUAUUUAUGGUCUUUGCCAUGGAAUAAUUUAGAAAGGAUAAUAUAAAAUAAAACAUAUAUUGUAUUUAGAAAUGGAUUAUGUUUUCUACUUUGAUAAGGGUAGCAAUGGAAUUAACUACAAUGAAAAUAGAGAGAGACAGGGGACGUUUUCCUAAAAAUUUAAAUGAUGCCAGAAACAAAAACUAUUUCUUUGUUGAUUUUGCUGUUGCUAUCAAACUUGUUUAAAAAACACAAUCGUUGUAGUUCUCAGACAGUCCAAAUCUGCCCUGGCCUCUUAGUGAUAAAGAACUAAGAGAAAGUGUGGUGACCACUCCAGAUCUGGUCAAUCAGACAUUGACAUCUGCCAACACUGACCCUCACAAAGUGAGUACAUGUUUCUAUAGUUAGUUGUCAGUGCAUUGCCGGAUCCUUAUUUAUUGUAUAUAGAACUAUACGAAAUUAAGUCCUGGUGAGAUACCUUACAAGAAGAUUUAUAUUUAACUGUUGAUACCAUGAAAUAUUUGUACAGAGCCAUUUCCUUCUUAUGGUUUCCAUUUGUUUGUAAAUAAUUUUUAACUGUUUGGUCUGUUGAAAACACAAUAACUUUUGUUUAAAACAUUUAUUGAACUUUAUUAAUAAAUACAUUAAGUUGGGUUUAAAUCACUUGUAUUCUUUGCCUUGUUGAAAUUGAAUGAGUUUAUUAGUUGGCAUGAGGCUAUUCUUUCAGCUGUGCUUAUUUUGAUCCAUUAUUUGUGGUAUAACAACAUUGUUCUCUUGCAGACUGUCUGUCAAAGGGAAGGUACCAAUUCAUGGUGUGUAGAUGAGGAUAAGAAGAGAGA